AUGCAGUUCAAUGUGAUCGCCACUGUCUUCACCCUCCUCCUCAGCUCUCAGACUGUCAUUGCCGCCCCUGCCGCAGAGCCUGCUGCCCUCGAGGCCCGCUCGUGCCCCGGUGGGAACUACAACCAAUGUUAUCUGCAGACCGUGUCGAGCUGCACUCCGCCUUGCCAGACAUGCCUCGGAACCUGUCAGCAAUCAGCUACAGCCACUUGCACCAAGUUGUGCAGCUAG